AAGUCCACAGCAGUCAGAGAGCUAUCCUAUGUGCUGCAGUGGUGACAGACUCAGUAGGAGUUGAGACUGAGGCCGGGUGAAGAAGCAGUAAGAGUUGAGAUACAGGGAAAACACUGUCUUCAUCAACCAGGUGUGGGUGUGACAGACCGUAACCAUGGUACCCAAGCAAGGCAUGAUGCUGCUGCUGCUGCUCCUGGUCGUCGCCACGGCAGCGGUGAGGCGUGAGAGUCGCCCGGCAACUUCAGACGAAUGGAACUACAAGGCUGGCUCGGAGAAGGUAAACAUGCGUGGGGUGUCCAACCUCACCCAGGUUCUGGACAACUGGAGGUUUGACAUCCUCACUCAGAUGAAGUCACUGCUCCAGAACGACCACCAGUCACUACUGCCAGACUACGCCAGGAUCCAGCCCCUAUCUGAGGCUCUGGAUGAUCUUUACAAGGAGUUCAACUCUCUCAAGGCUCACCUUGGUGAACUCACAGAGAAAUUUGUCGCCAUAGAAACCUUCAUCGACGAGGUCAAGACUGAGCGGGCCAAUGGUGGCACCCCCGCCUCCAACCCAAACCCCGCCUCCAACCCAGUGCCAGCUAGGAGGAGAGCGGUCAAAAAGAAAGCUCCCGCCUCUUAAAUGACUAAAACUCCACCCCAUCCCACUGACCCCACCCAACUCAUCCUACCCACCCCACCCUACUUUGCUCUACCCCACCCCAUCCCAUUGCACCUACCCUACCUCAUCCCACUGCACCUACCCUACCCUACCCCACUGCACCUACCCUACCCUACCCCAUCCCACUGCACCUACCCUACCCUACCCCAUCCCACUGCAUCUACUCUACUCCAUCCCACUGCACCUACCCCACCCCAUCCCACUGCACCUACCCCACCCCAUCCCACUGCACCUACCCUACCCCAUCCCACUGCACCUACCCUACCCUACCCCAUCCCACUGCACCUACCCUACCCUACCCCAUCCCACUGCACCUACCCUACUCCAUCCCAUCCUAUCUCUGCAGCCUUAUUUUAUCCCUUUAUAGAGUUGAAACUAUUUGCUAUUAUUUUUAUUUGUAACUUUAUAAACAGUUUAGCCCUCUGUUCUGACAUUCUGGGGAUUCAUUCUCAAUUCUGUAUGUGAUGUUAGGCAUUUAUCAGACAAAACCAUUCUGAUAGUGAAAUACAUUUAAAAAAUACAUUUAAACUUACCUGACUGUAGAGAAAGAGGAAGAGAGAGUGAGAGAGAGACAGAGAGAGAGAGAGAGAGAGAGAGAGAGAGAGAGAG